CAAAACCAAAAGUCAAGUCUUUGGUAUUUCCGCUGCCACCAUUCAAGGCAAGAAAUGCAACUCCAUUCACCAUCUUAUCUAUUAAACGUGUAAUCUUUCCCUCUUACACAACCAAAGGCUCUAGUUCUUGCAAUGUCUACACCAGCACAAUAUUACCAAUCCUUGCCGCCUGUGAGCAAGUUCUAUGGAGUGGCCUGCUUGAUGGCCACAUCCGCCUUGUAUCUUGGUCUUUAUGAUCCCUGGAACAUAGCACUCUCUUACCAAGAUGUAUUUAAACGUUUCCAGGUUUGGAGGCUCAUUACCAACUUCUUCUUCCUUGGGCCAUUUUCACCCAUUUUCGCCUUCCGUCUUAUAAUGAUAGCAAGAUAUGGUGUCUUACUAGAGAGAGGGCCCUUUGACAAAAGAACAGCAGACUAUGUCUGGAUGUUGAUCUUUGGAGCACUGUCACUUUUGGUAAUGGCUGCUAUUCCAUUUCUAUGGGCACCUUUCAUGGCAGGUUCGUUGGUUUUUAUGAUUGUCUAUGUAUGGAGCCGUGAGUUCCCAAAUGCUCAAAUCAGCAUCUAUGGUGUAGUGACAUUGAAGGGAUUUUAUCUACCUUGGGCAUUGCUAGCUUUGGAUUUGAUAUUCGGAGCUUCAUUAAUGGAAGAUAUUAUUGGGAUGGUUGCAGGGCAUCUCUAUUAUUUUUUAACAGUACUUCAUCCUCUUGCUGGUGGGAAGUACCUUUUCAAGACUCCUCUUUGGGUUCACAAACUAGUGGCAUUUUGGGGGAAGGGAAUCCAAGUAGAUUCUCCAGUGCAACGUGAUCCAUCUGCUGGAGUUGCAUUCCGAGGUCAAAGCUACCGACUAAACGGUAAUCGAGCGCAAGCAAGCAGGCCAUCAGAGCAGGAGCAGAAGAAACAAGCAAACAGUUCAGGAAGCCAGCCUAAUUCAGGCGAUGGUGUAGCCUUUCGGGGAAAAAGUCACCGUCUUAAUGGUCAUUAACGAGUCCCUCUUGUACUUUGAUCUGUGGACUAUAUCUUAUACAAGGUUUUGUGAUAUGAAUUACCAUGCAUUUGCAGCCUUAACUAUCAUAAAUGUAAAAGAACUAUAUCUUAUACAAGGUUUUAUGAUAUGAAUUACCAUGCAUUUGCAGCCUUAACUAUCAUAAAUGUAAAAGAA